AUGCGAGGGGUUUGGUGGCUAGAGGAUAAUGUUGCGCACGAGACCCUGGUGAUCUUCAACGAUGCAAAGUGGCAGCAGUCGGAAGACAAUCCUGCAAUUUGGGAGUUUUUUCAUGACCUGCCGCAAACUUGGUUUCGUGACCCCACACUCUUUGGGUACAUCCUUGGCAUAGCAGCUGCCUGGACAAUGAACGACUCAAAGUGGCCGGAGCAAUGGCAAAGCUUCGUGCCAAUAGUGUUCAACUUCGACAAAGGCAAGGCCCACCUCAAGAAAGAUGAGUGGAUCUUCAGGAUCAACGAGGACGAGUGGCAAAAGGCGGCCUUCAAAGUUCUCCCAGAUGGCACAGUUACGGACGAGGUCACCUAUAUGUACCGCUGGCGGAGGGUGAUGCGCGGAGAUGGCUCAUUGACUUCGGCAUGGGCCGAUAUGGAGGCUAUGAUGAAGCGGCCCUACAGGAACUUUUUCGAUCCUUGGUGCCCUUGCUGGCCGCUUUGUAUUCCUGUGGCGGACAGGAACAUUGAGAUGGCGAAGUCCGGGGGUAUUCAGGUGGGCAUCUUCCGACCAGAGGAGCGCACGGCUACUUUCUCGGGCUGCUGCUGCUUGCCUCCCUGUCCCUGCCCAUGCAUGUGCCCCCUCUUCGCCAAGGUGGAUGGGCAAUGGGCAGAGCAAUUUGGGAGCGCGACUGCGACUUCUUCGGCACCAGCACAACAAGAGAUGGGCGGUUACCAGCCCAUCAAUCAGAAAUGA